AUGUCUCAGUCACAGAACUCUCGUGAGACGGUCAUCCAUCUCGUAUCCGGAGGGUUGGCUGGUACUACUGGUGCUGUGGUUACAUGUCCAUUGGAAGUGGUCAAGACUCGGUUGCAGUCAUCUUCCAACUUUGGUGCUACACGCUAUGAUUAUGUGCCUAGAAUUGCAUCUGAAGACAGUGGUGGUAGUCGUAUGACAUGUAAGACAAUCUCGUCGCUGCAGCGACGUCGAUAUAACACCUUAAGCGGCGCUGGUGGCCGACACUCCAGCACACAAAUACUAACAUUUUCUCAAUGUGGUGUAGGCAACCAGACAACCAAAUCAAUGGGACUCAUUCAAUGUCUCAGGCACAUAGUAAAAACCGAAGGCCCCAAGGCUCUGUUCAAAGGACUGGUGCCCAACAUCGUGGGCGUCGCUCCGUCCAGAGCCAUAUAUUUCGGGGCCUACGCACAAUCCAAAAAGUUUUUCAACACCGUACUUAACCCGGACACACCGAUAGUACAUGUACUAUCGGCGUCUUUUGCAGGUUUUGCUUCAUGUUCAGCAACCAAUCCUAUUUGGCUGGUCAAAACUAGAUUACAGUUGGAUUUGAACAAAAAUGGGAAAAGACUCACGGCUGGUCAAUGUAUCAGACGGAUAUAUAGGACUGGGGGCAUAAAAGGUUUCUAUAAAGGUAUUACAGCUUCGUACUUUGGAAUAUCUGAAACUGUUGUGCACUUUGUCAUCUACGAAGCAAUCAAAGCAAGACUGAUAGCCGCUCGUGUUGGACUUAAUGAGUCUGAAGAUAAUACCAAAACCUCCAAAGAUUUUCUCGAAUUCAUGAUGGCUGGUGCCAUUUCUAAGACUGUUGCUUCGUCCAUUGCCUAUCCUCACGAGGUUGCUAGAACUAGACUUCGAGAAGAAGGUACCAAGUAUCGAAGCUUCUUCCAGACUCUAUUAACGGUUUAUAGCGAGGAGGGUCCAAGGGGACUAUACCGUGGUCUGACCACUCAGCUGGUCAGACAAAUACCUAACACGGCCAUUAUGAUGGCAACAUACGAGGCUGCUGUUUAUGUGAUGACUACGUAUUAUAGUCCUAACGAUGCUGUGUUCUACGAAGAUACUGAUGAUCGAUACGAGUGAUAUUUAUUACCAAUGUUAUAUUAUAUGGUUGAAGAUCUCAACGUAUCGCAGUCUUAGUUAUGUUGAUAAAGCCGCCUACUACCCAAACAUUUGCUCCAUUUACUAUUGAACAAUCUCUGCGCACAUAAGUCAUUGAAGAGAAUGAGCCACAUUUAUUUAUUACGUGAUAUAUUUAUUGUAUUCCAACAUUUUUUUUCUUUUUAAUAAGCCUAUUCUCUCAUCACGUCCUUCUUGUUUGCCUUCCUAUUAAUUUUCUUUUUUAUAUACUUAUAUUUACAAUUUAUUAAUUAAGCAUUUGUUUUUUAGUUCAUAAUUUUUAAG